AUAAAUGCUCGUUGAAAAAACACUUUUAAAUUUAUUUGGAAGAAAAAAAUAAAAAAUCAUGAAAAAUUUGGCAAGUGUAGAGGAACAAUAUCGGAGAUUCCCCGAAAUGGAUAAACAAGAUGUCCUCAAAUUAAAACAAUGGGUCCAACAACAACCUCAUAUGCCGAACUUAUCCGAAUUGGAUGUGAUAUUGUUCUUUCAUGCGUGUUAUUAUAGCAUGGAGUUGACAAAACGUACAAUCGAAACGAAUUUAUCAAUUCGAACUCAUGUUCCGGAGUUUUUUCAUAAUUUGGACAUAGAAAGGCCAGAGUUGAAGAGGGCAAUGAAUACAGUUGCAAUAAUACCACUUCCAAAAGCAACACCAGAAGGUUAUAGAGUUAUAAUUGGAAGACUAGCCGAUACGGAUACAUCGAAAUUUAAUUUUGCAGAUAUAAUGAAAUUCUACUGCAUGGUUUUCGACUUAUGGAUGGCUGAAGGUGGUGCUGAACAAGGACACGUUAUUGUGAUGGACUUGAAAGGAGUUACAUUGGGUCAUGUUGCAAGACUUGGAUUACUAACAAUGAAGAAGUUUUUAUUCUACUUACAAGAAGCAGCAGCAAUUCGUUUAGUUGGUUUUCAUUUUGUCAAUAUCGUACCAUUCAUCGAUAAAGUCUUGGCUCUAAUGAAUCCAUUUAUGAAGAAGGAAUUACAACAAAUGAUUCAAUUGCAUAGUAAUAUUGAGACGUUUUAUAAAUCAGUUCCCAAGGAUAUUCUACCAUCAGAUUAUGGGGGUGAUGAUGUUGAAAGUGAUGAAAUGAAAAAUGGAAUUUAUAAAAAUCUUGUGGCAAAUCGAGAAUUCAUGAUGGAAUUUGAGAAAACUCAUCAAAUAAAUGAAAAACUUCGCCCGGGAAAACCUAAAGAUGCCUCAGAUUUAUUUGGAGUAGAAGGAAAUUUCAAAAAAUUGGAUUUUGAUUAAAGAGAGUAAAUCGAGUGAUAUAAAAUUGA